GAAGUCAAUCGACUGCAUAUCCCCGACACUACUCCAGCACUCGCCUGGCAAGGCGCGCCAGCGUUGUGACGUUCACACCGUCUACACUCUAGAAAGAGAAGGAAGAACUUGGUUAUCAAAGGCGCUCUGAAGAAUACCACUCGACCGACAACACCACACAAACCAUCGUCAAAAUGGCCGGCAGUCGUAUCAACUUCACCAACUACCUGCGCAACCUGAAUGUGCAGGAGCCGCAGGUCGAGGAGUAUGUGGCUCCCAACGACGAGGAGCUCGCGCUAUUUACCAACACCAACUUCUUUGACUACGAGACGGGCCAGAACACCGACUACCAGGCGCCGCCUGUCAAGCCCGAUGCUGUUGUCGCUCCUACUCCCGUCGAGACUGCGGCGACAUCGCCCGAUGUGCCGACCGAUGCCUUCAUGACCGAUUUCCUGUCGGGCCUCGACCAGGGCUUGGAAUUUGCUGCUCCUGCAGCCGACUUCAACUUUGGCGACUUUAGCACCACCUACACCUCGCCCACCAUCCCGGCCUACCCAGACACUCUAGGCCAGCUCCAGCCCAUUCAGCCCAACCCGCAAGCCGCCUACCCUCCGGUUUCGCAGCACCAUGCGUCUCAUCACGUUCAGCACCCCCACCAGCCCGGCUAUGUCCUUGCCAACCCUCCCCAGCUAGGCGGUAACAAGCGCAAGGCCAGCGAUGCCAUGUCCGUUCCCCCCACUCCUAGCGCUCGCGUCAUGAGCUUCGAGGAGGCCUCUCGCCUUGCCGCCGAGGAAGACAAGCGAAAGCGCAACACCGCAGCUAGCGCCCGAUUCCGCAUCAAGAAGAAGCAGCGCGAGCAGGCGCUCGAAAAGUCGGCCAAGGAGAUGAGCGAAAAGGUCACCCAGCUUGAGGGACGCAUCCAGGCUCUCGAGACGGAGAACAAGUGGCUCAAGGGCCUCGUCACUGAGAAGCACGGCAGCAAGGAGGACAUUCUCAAGCUUCUCCGCGAGUUCUCAGCCCACGCUGCCAAGGUUUCCAAGGAUGCUGCUGCGGCCGCGGCUGACAAGGCUGAGGCUGCGGCUGACAAGGCUGAUGCUGAACGCGCCAGGGAAGAGAGCUCCAUCUGCGUCUCCACCUCUUCACCCAGUUCCGAUGAAUCCGUCGACUCGAACAACAAGAAGAGGAGGAAGGACUAAGGUCGAGCUUUCGGUGACGAUGACCAUUUACUUGUGGAGGAAAAGGGGGUUUGUGGUCAGAGGCUUUUUGGGAUAACAGUGGAUAUACAUCAUCAUACUGUCUGAGGCGUUUUCGCGUUGCUUUUGCUUUACUUUUUGGUUUUGGCUUUCAUUUUUUUUUGGUCUUGUGGUCGUUCGUGGUGGAAGAGAGUUGGCGGCAGUAGUUUUGCUUGCUUCUUCCUUUCCUUCUUAUCACGUUCACUCUCAUCAGCAUUCUGCUUAGCGGUAAUCCCGUCUUGAGCUGCAUCUGACUUUGGUUGGUCGGGUGUAUUGCGUGCGUGUGCCUGCAUAGGUGCAAAUGGGUGGACGGAUCGACGGACGAGCGGACGGACGGAUGGAUGGUACGACAUGAAUGAUUGAGAUAUCACAAUGGUGGCUACAGGACUCCGGUAUAACUAUAUUCAUGGCGGUUACAGGACUCCGACAUUGGCGGUUACAGGACUCCCCCUCAAACAUGAAGAUCUCAAAAGAAGAUUUUGAUGAAACGAGUCAUGGAAAGAAGAAGAAUACAAUGGGUGUGUGAUGUGGAAGAAAUUUCGUUUGUUUGGCUUUAGCUUUUGAAAUGCGUGAUACCAUGUUUGAAAUUGGGAAUCUGGACGGGAGUAAGGAACGUUUACAUUUACACAUGAAUAUACGAGAGAAAUGCAAAGUAUAGUACA